AUGCACCACUCCCUCUCAGCCGACGGCUGUUUCCGUCGCCGUCCUUCCUCAUCCUCACGCACCUGUUUUACAUCACCGAGGACCGUCGACAAAGACAUGGCAACAGAGGAAAGCUUGCAGUCAUUCCUUCAUCCGCCCAAGCGGCAUUUAUUACGGUCCCUCCUUGGUUCAGUCGUUGCUCGGCUCGUCUUCACGUCUUCGCGUCUUCCCACAAAGAGAAUGCCCAUCGUAUUGUACAUUGACUCGUGCCUGUUGUCUCCCCCGGGCCCCCGGCCUAUGUUCGCAUCUGCUGCGAAUCCCCUCGACUUUGCACCCGACUCGAUGCGUAUAUUGUCAUACACUUUCAACUUUUGGAAACCCAGCUUGCAUAGGUCAAUCAAAAUCCAUCCGAAGCAACGUUGUCCCAUUUACGCCGGCGCUGGCCCCGAGAUUUGGCUCCAGUUCCAACUCAACAACUCCACUGUGCAGUUCAUCACGCUUGAAAAACCCUUCUUGGUUUCCACCAAGUAA